CGCUCUCUGAUUGGUGGAGAGUGUGAGAACCUUCAUCCAGAGCUGGACUCACACAUUGACAUGGAGAUGUGGGACUAUAAAAGGAGGGAUGAAGCCAGCAGAGAUCACAUUCUCUCUACAGAGACCUCUACAGCACACAGAUCCAGACAUGGCACCUACAGCCACUGCAGCACUCAGCACUUCUCAGGAGCACCUGACUCUCAGCCACAAGCUCAGAAAACCUCUGGUGGAGAAGUUACGCAGAGAGCGAAUCAACAGCAGCAUCGAGCAGCUCAAGUCUCUCCUGGGUCCAGAGUUCCUCAAACAGCAGCCAGACUCCAAACUGGAGAAAGCAGACAUCCUGGAGAUGACCGUUUGCUUCCUGAGCCAGCUGCAGCAGAAGAGCCAACAACAAGGAAGACUGCUGAAGCACUUCCACAAGCUUCAGUCCUCCUCUGAGAAGAAGCUGGGAGAGAUGGACUUCUCUCCUCUGAGCUCCACAGUCCAGACCAGCGUCAGCACAGAGAAGAGUCCAAGCGACAGCGCCCCCUGGAGGCCCUGGUAGACACCCAGACUGGAGCUCUGAGAUGACCAUAUUGGUCAGAGAUGAUGCACUGAACUCUGGGAAAUGUUCUUCAGUGGUUCUUCUGAAUGUUCAGAAGGAACUUUAUGAUGAUGUUUGUGGAGGAAGUGACAUCACUGACCUCUUUCAAGUGAAGAUGGAAACAUCUCAUCAUGCAUGUUGCAUGAAUCUGAACUCACUUCUUGAGUGGUGAUUAUGGAUGGUUGGACUUCCUGUAUUGGAAGUGUGGUAUUGAUCACUGUGAUCAGAAAUAUCUCUUUGGAAUUGACAGAAUGUUAUUAUUGAUGUUUGAUCAAUUAAUCUGGGCCUGAUCUGUUUUAAGAUCACAAUGUUUGUUUUUCUUUCUAAAACGUUGGUUGAACAUCACAGAGUCACUGUUUGUCAGUGAGUCAGUUUGUGAGUCACUACAUGUCAGUGAUUGUUCUCAAAUGCAGUGAAAUAUUGGAGCUUUGAUUGACACUGAUCAGAAGUAUUGAUUGUCUUUUUAUAGACGGAGACUUCACUUCAUGAUGAUCUGU